AGUGGGAUUAGGGUUGUUUUGUCUUCGUUGUGGCUUCCGCUUGGCAUUUACACGGCUACAGCCACAACAUUUGUGAUCCGCCUGUCUUUUCUUUCGCCAGCUUAACGACUGUGGAUACUUAUGCAUUUAUUUUAAUGGCGUGCUUGUGUAUUUGCCAAAGGUUAAAGGAAUUUCUUUAUGUCAUCUACAUGAUAAUUAGCGUAGUGCCGGCACUUAACUUGUCUUUGGAUUUUAAUUCGACGGAAUUAAUUCAAAGAAAUGUAACGAUCCUGAAAGCCGGGAUUUUGUUGACCAAUGGCAGUAAUCUACCGUAUGAUUAUCAGAUUGUACAACCGGCACUGGAAACCGCUUAUGAAAAGGUUUAUGCCGAGCAGAAUAUUAUCUUUAAACCGAUUUUGUUUUUAUAUGCGGAUGAAUGCAGCAAAGUGGACGCCAUGGGACAGACGUAUUAUGCCGGCAUGGAAGAUGUUGACCUUGUAAUAGGACCUGGAUGUACAGACGACAUGAUGUCUUCUUUAGAACUACAGACAUAUUUCAGACUUCCCAGCAUUACGGGGGCCGGUGAUCUGGUUGAUUCCUCGGCGAAAUUCCCGUAUCUUACGCGUUGCUCUUACAACACGUAUACACAGUGGAUUUUUUUUCAGCGACUAUGUGCAAAAUUCAAAUGGAACAAUGUAGCAAUUAUUUUUGACAUGGACGACAACACAAAAACUGUGAACGCCAACAGUCUUGAAAAGAAUUUAAAAGAUAAUCCACCCAUUCGCCCAUAUAUGAUGCCUUUUUCCACCAAGGCAUUGCGCGGAGUUGGCGAAAUUCAUAACAUUUUACACAAUGCUACUCUUGUAUCAAGAGUUUUUGUUUUAUUGAUGGAUGGAUUAUACGUACGGCAGUUCAUGAUACAGGCGCUUUAUCUGGGCAAAACUGAUGGAUCAUAUGCUUUCUUUUCCCUGGAUCUGUUCCGCGACAAUAUUCUUCAUAAUCAUGGGUGGAAACAGGGUGAUGCUUAUGACGCAGUGGCGCGGGAUGCCUUUCAGUCACUGCUAAUUGUAACCCUGCGUAAUACCCAGGAUGAACCGGCGUACGUGAACUUCUCACGGGAUGUUCGGAGAGUGGCAGCACAACAUAACCUCGGACUGAAUCUGACGCUGAAUUAUAUCGUAGCGAGUUUCUACGAUUCGGUCAUGUUAUACGGGAGGGCGAUGAGGGAAUUAAUCAACGAAGGUAAAUCCAUAAAAAAGGACAAUGUUCUGGAAGUUUCGCAACAGUAUUGGAAUCGUACGAUGCCCGGUGCAACUGGUCAAGUGUACAUAAAUCCAGAUGGAGAUCGCAAUGAUGAUCAUGCCCUUUAUGCCAUGAAUUAUGACGGAGAAUUUUACGUGGUGGCUGAGUUUUAUGGUUAUAAGAAUGUUCUAGUACCCAACUACCUGUUCGACCCAGUGAAGCCAAUUCCCUGGAGAAAUCCCACGAAAUCGCCUCCAUUAGAUAGACCACAGUGCGGAUACACCGGAGAAGAUCCGAUUUGUGAUUAUACAACACAGCGUUACGCCAUGGGUGCGGGAAUCUCUGCCGGCAUUGUUAUCCUGCUCAUCAUCUUAACCUGUCGCAUCCGUACCGCCCAGAGCCGGCGCAACGAAAUCGCCCAGCUGGAUCUGCUGGGCAAUUGGUCGGAUUUGGAUAGUCCACACUACAUCAUCAGCAGCAAGAAGAUGACGGUUCAUACGCCCCGUCCCCACACCAUCCAAUCCCUGCAUCGUCUACAAACCGGAAAUGAGGAUAUCGUUUUGCCGCCGCUGUCUGUAGCUACGUUACAGACUGGCCCAGCGCUGCUGAUGACCCCGCAUUCCAUCGGGGCGACGUGGAAAGGCUCGAAAACCAUUGUCCGCUUGUGUGAAGUACCGCUGGUAGUGAUGAAUCGCCGAGUAUUACGGGAGACUGCAGCGGCGCGGGGACUGAAUCAUCCCAAUAUUUUGAUACUGCAAGGAUUGUGUAACGGACCCCACCGGGCGGUAGUGUUGUACCAUUACUGCGCUAAAGGAAAUUUAUUUGAUCUUCUAAGUAACAUCGCCAUAAAACUUGACCAGUAUUUCCUUCUGUCGUUCAUCCGGGAUAUCGUUCAAGGGUUGGUGGCCAUUCAGUCCACUGCGAUGUCGUAUCACGGACGUCUGACAUCCAGGUGUUGUUAUGUGGAUGGACAUUUUACCUGCCGUGUGGCUGAUUAUGGACUACCCAGCUUUUUCACUCGGCAACUGCCAAAAUCUCCGGAUAACAGCGUUUUUGAAUCGCUCAUGUGGACGCCACCGGAAUUCCUGAAUAUGUCAGGAGUCAACAGCGGUAGUCCCGAAGGCGAUGUGUACUCCUUGGCCAUUAUCAUGCAGGAGGCGGUGACGAAGACACCAUUCAUGGCGCAUAACCUUUCACCGCCCGUUAUCAUCGCCAAGUUGCAGAAGCGAAAUUACAAAGAGUUUCGUCCGCGUUUGGAAGGAGCCCACCUAGCCAAUGCUCCGCCGGAAUUGUUGGUAUUGAUUAAACAAUGCUGGGCGCAAAACCCCAUGGAACGUCCCCGAUUGCAACAAGUCCGCAAAAUUCUCAUGGAUAUUUUCAAAUCUCAUUUGGGUAAUCAUCUGACUGUGAUUGACCGACUGAUCUACCAAAUGGAGGAAUAUGCUCAGGAUCUGGAGCACGCAGUAAACGAAAAAACCCAUUUGAUGUUGAUUGAAAAAGAGAAAAGCGACCGUCUACUGUAUCAAAUCUUACCGAGGAGUAUAGCAGAUCAGCUAAAGCGGGACGAACCAGUGCCACCGGAAAGCUACGACAGCGUGACCGUGCAAUAUUGCGAUAUUGUAUCCUUUACCACAAUAUCCUCCGAAAGUACGCCAGAAGAAACGGUAGAUUUACUCAACGAUCUGUUCACGCUCUUCGACGGUUGCAUCUUGAAAUUUGACGCCUAUAAGGUGGAAACCAUAGGAGAUUGCUAUGUGGUAGCUUCUGGUGUACCGGUGCGCAAUGGACUGAAGCACUGCACCGAAGUCAGUCGCCUGGCAUUAAUGCUUUUACAAGAAAUGGAACAAUUUAAAAUUCGUCACCGUCCCAAUGAAAAACUGCGUAUACGGUUGGGGAUUCAUUCUGGUCCAUGCCUCGCUGGUGUUGUCGGACGCAUAAUGCCGCGCUUUUGCCUGUUUGGAGAAACCAUUCUCAUUGCACACAAAAUGGAAUCUACAUCACAAGCAAUGCGAAUCCAGAUCAGCGAAGCGGUGAAAAAGCUUCUGGAUUCCACGGCCGCUUUCAGCACCGUGCGCCGAGACGACCCGAUUGACAUUAACGAACACAAGUCAAUAUUAACAUAUUGGUUGAACGGUGAAAAGAAAGGAUAUCAGCCACAGAAUGCUGUAUUAAUACAGUUUUAGCUAAUGAAAUUCAUCAUCGUGUUAGUCAGACUAGUUUCCUGGAUUUGCCGAUGCUAUAUAAUGAAAUGUACAGAAAAGAUACAUGACCUUUAAUAAGGCCAGUUAACUCGCUGUGGGUGCAUGGGCAGAGACUAU